UCUCACCCUCUCGCUCUCGCCACUCUUGCCACUCUCGCCACUCUCGCUUUUCAAAUUGCGCCUCUGCCGUGCCUGCGCGUACUGCUGAAUCGUCUUGACAGCCUAGAGCCAAAAGCUGUGGCUUUGGCGGGCGACGCCUAAUUGCUCCCUCCACAGGUUUGUCGCAGCACGUGGGCUCUGAGCGGGGCGGUUCGACAUCACCGCCUCGAGCAACGCCCACCCCUCCCUGGACCUUGUCAAUCGACCUCGACGCCCAAAGGUAGAGGGACGAAAAGGCGCAAAGACGAUUGCCAAAGAUGCCGUAUCAUCCCAUGAAGGAUUCGAUGAGCAAGCUCGACGAGUGGGGCGCAGCACAAAAGAAAAAAUACCAGACAUCGACCAAUGCAGGCCCAAAGGCCUCUGUGGGUGAUCGUUUAAAGCUCGCGAGGGGCAUCGAUGACCGUUGGGAGAAAACCUCCAAGUCGAAGCAGCAAGACGAUGGUGCUGAUGAAGGCGAGGAUCCGCACAACAUCGUGCCGAGACGGAUACAAGCGCCUGCUGCAGCGUCCAGGUUCGCAGGCCCAUCCAAGGGACCUCCCCCACCACCGCCACAGCGGAGCGGCACUAGCAGUCAUAGCAUGGCUACCCCAGCGACAGUACCAGCAGUGAGAGGACCACCGCCAACACUUCCAAGACGCAUGGAUAACGAGAACGGCACCAGCAACCCUCCGCCUUCAUAUGGCCAAAUCACCCGCCCCCCAGCACCCCCUCCAAGAUCAGCGACACAGAGCGAGGGUCCAGGCUACAUCGAGUUUUCCAAGUUUACGCAAGCGGACAAGGAAGCCUUCUUCGAGCUUCUUGAUGAGUUCUUCGAAUCGAAGC